AUGCCAUCCAACAACCAGCCACGGGAAGGCUUUCGGUACGAGAUCCGUAGACGGUUGAAUCACCUCCGCCAGCGUAGCAACAGAUCUAGUCCCGAGAUUCCAGAAGAGGCUAGUGCUAUUACAGCUAGGAAACAUCAGCUACCAAGACCCAUGAUUCUAUACCACUACUGCCAGAACGAUGAAACAGGCCACGCGUUAUACAUAUUCUCCGCCUUGAUCCUAUCACUUCUUCAACAGUGUGAAGGGUUGAAAAGAACCUUUUUUGAUUGGUAUAAUCAAGACCUGCUCACUGGAAACUUCGAGCCUUCGACAAAUGUCCAUAAGUUGGUCGGGUUCUUUCAGAGGACUGUCCAAGGGCUCGAUCGGCCAUUUUUCCUGAAUACGGCGGCUACAGCCUUGGAAAGUCUGGGUGCAGCUCGAAGGCGGGUCAGCAUUCUCGAACUCUCUCGGGCAAUAGCACUAGGCACAGCUGGUCCAGAUAUCACUACCGUUGCCGAGGUUGCUGAACGAGUAGAUGACCAAUGUGUCAUGGCCCUCAUUCAACCGUUUAUUGCUGGCGUCGAUGUCAGCAAUCGCAAGAAGCGUCAAAUUGUGAUUGUACACCAAUCAGCAAAGGAGUUCAUCUUGUAUGACUUGGCUUUGACUCGACCAGGGUUUCAGAAUGUGGCAACUGGGCUCACAGCAGGAGGUACAAUAGUCAACCGGGACAUCACAUCAAGGCUGGAGAACAACAUCUUUAAAACAUGCGUCCGAUACCUGCUUCUUGACGAAAUCAAUCAUUGCUAUAUUGGAAUUGCCCGAAUGGCCCAACGGAGCAUUGAUCUUAGGAGGGAACUAAUGCGCGUGCCUCAGCGCCAGUCACGAAGCUUGGCCCAUCGCGUCCAUCAGUCGAUUGGAGAAGCCGUCCUAGCUGGUCAUGUCCAAAUUGUUGAGUACUUCUUGGAGCAACGAGGCAUUGAGACACACCUUCACCAUGUCAAUGCAAACGGCGAAAAUGUUCUGCAUCUUGCGUCUAUACAAUGCAACCCUACCAUGUUUCGGGCUUUGGUACCUCUUUUCCCUGAAGGUAUUUCCCAAAGAGAUUGUCAGGGAAAGACGGUGUUGAUGCGAAUUGUGGAAAACGCUUCUUCUUCACAGAAUCGUAUAGACUCAACAAAAGCACUCCUAGCUCUGACUAAAAGUCACCAAAUUGCGCUGUCUACAGAUGGCAAACAAGAAGUGCUAGAGAUGGCGAAGCAAAUGCACGAUGAGGCGAUGUAUAACUUGUUAAAAGAGUUCAACCAAGUCCCGUUGAACGGAUUUUAUUAG